AUGGCUGCCCCUGUGAUGACCGUGUCAGAGUCUAAGGACCUUCGAGGUCUGAACCUCAUCGCAGCCCACUCCCACAUUCGCGGCCUCGGUGUCGAUGCGACAACUCUUGAGCCUAGAGCUGCCUCUCAGGGUCUUGUUGGACAGGAGAAGGCGCGAAAAGCCGCUGCUGUUAUUCUGCAGAUGAUCAAGGAUGGAAAAAUCGCUGGCCGUGCGGUUCUCAUUGCAGGACCUCCCAGCACCGGAAAGACUGCCAUUGCCAUGGGCAUGUCACAGUCUUUGGGCCCCGAUGUCCCAUUCACAACACUCGCCGCAUCAGAAAUCUUUUCGCUCGAGAUGUCCAAGACCGAAGCCCUCACCCAAGCAUUCCGAAAGUCGAUCGGCGUCCGAAUAAAGGAGGAGAGCGAAAUAAUGGAGGGAGAAGUUGUCGAGAUUCAGAUUGACCGAAGUGUCACUGGAAGCGCAAAGCAAGGAAAGCUAACCAUCAAGACUACCGACAUGGAGGCUGUCUACGACAUGGGCAGCAAGAUGAUUGAUGCCAUGACCAAGGAGCGCGUCAUGGCGGGCGAUAUCAUCUCGAUUGACAAGUCUUCCGGUAAGAUUACCAAACUCGGCCGAUCUUACGCCCGAUCUCGCGACUACGAUGCCAUGGGUGUCGAUACCAAGUUCCUCCAGUGUCCUGAUGGAGAGCUUCAGAAGCGCAAGGAGGUUGUACACACUGUCACGCUACACGAGAUCGAUGUCAUCAACUCGAGGACGCAGGGCUUCCUUGCUCUUUUCUCUGGCGACACUGGAGAGAUUCGCAGCGAGAUCCGAGAUCAGAUCAACACCAAGGUUGGCGAAUGGAAGGAAGAGGGCAAGGCCGAGAUCGUUCCUGGUGUGCUGUUUAUUGACGAAGUUCACAUGCUCGACAUUGAGUGCUUUUCAUACAUCAACCGAGCUCUCGAGGAUGACCUUGCCCCUGUGGUCAUCAUGGCCAGCAACCGAGGUAACUCGCGCAUUCGUGGCACCAAUUACCGCAGCCCUCAUGGACUUCCCCUCGACUUCCUGGAUCGAAUCGUUAUCAUCAACACGCACCACUAUAACCCCGAGGAGAUCAAGCAGAUUCUUUCGAUCCGGGCGCAAGAAGAAGAGAUUGACGUGCAUCCCGAUGCCCUUGCUCUGCUUACCAAGAUCGGCCAAGAGGCAGGUCUCCGGUACGCUAGCAACCUGAUCAGCACUUCGCAACUGGUUUCUGCUAAGCGAAAGGCCAAGCAGGUUGAAGUCAACGACGUGCAACGUAGCUUCCAGCUCUUCUACGAUCCCGCGCGCAGCGUUAAGUUCGUAGGCGAGUCAGAGAAGCGUUUGAUCGGCAAUACCGGCGCAGUUGAUUUCGCAGUCGGCGCGGCCGCGAGCAACGGCGAAGAGAAGAUGGAUCUUAGUUAA